UCCGUGUGCCUUUGUUGGUGAAGUAGAGCUACAAGAUCGAAAGAAGGGGUCUGGGGAGUCUUGUGAGCGAAGUGGUCCAUGUUCUGUGCUCCAGUGUGACUAAUAUCCACGGAUUUAUUAAAAGCUUGACUCGAGUCAAAAAGGGAACAAAUUGAGCCUGAAUCGGGGGACAACGUUCACGCGGGGGCGCGAGACGUCAACUCGGGGGGGAAAUGGAAGAAUUCAGACAGUUUAAAAUCGGGCGAUGCGCAUUUUGUGGAGAGAUGCAGCGGCUCGGUCUGGCCGGCACCAGGGGAAGUGCCACAGCGGAGUGCUCUUCGUGAGUCUGAGCUCGUCUCCCGGCAACCGCCUUCAGACACCCGCCACCGCGCCCUGACCGCCGCGGGCCAAACGCCACCGCCAAACCGCGCUGCUGAAGAAGACCGCGCGCCUGCCUCUCUCUCUCUCACCUCCUGCUCAGCCAUGGCUCUCUGGAGGCUGGCCUGGGUCGUCAUGGCGAUGCUUCCUGCCUGCCCGUGUCGGUUGGUCCCACGCGUCUCCUUCUCCGCCGGAAGUCCCGGUAGAUUACUCACCGUGUUCACCAACCCCAACAUCACCAACACCACCACGCUGUUGCUAGGCAAGGACGGGGAGACGCUGGUCGUGGGCGCGCGAGACGCCGUGAUCUCAUUAGACGUGGGCCGGCCAGGCGUCAUGGAGAUGAAGAGCAAGGUGGACUGGUUCCCGUCUUCUGAAGACCUGGAGCAUUGCUCCGUGAAGGGACAGAAAACGAAGGACUGCCACAACUUCAUCCGUGUGCUUCAGUUCCUCAACUCCACCCACAUGUAUGCCUGCGGAACCUUCGCCUUCAGCCCCCAGUGCGCCUACAUCGACUCCCGCGACUUCGCCCUGACCUACGGUCCGAGCGGGGAACCGGACACGGGCCGCGGCCGCUGCCCGUACAACCCCUACCAGAGGAACACCGCCAUCACCGUCCACGGGGAGCUGUACGUCAGUGGCGUGGCGGACUACCUGGGCAUCCGGCCGGUCAUCUCCCGCUACCUGAGCAAGGGGAGCCGCGACCUGAAGCUGGACGACACACCAGGCCUGCUGGACGAACCCACAUUCAUCAGCUCAGCCUUCAUCCCCAGUGAGGAGAAGGUGUACUUCUUCUUCCGAGAGGUGGGGGGGGAGUACGACUUCUUCGAAAAGUUAAUUGUGCCCCGAAUCGCCCAGGUCUGCACGAGUGACAUGGGCGGGCAGCGUACCCUGCAGAAGCGAUGGACCACCUUCGUGAAAGCGCAGCUCCUCUGCCAGGCCACCAACGAGCUGCCCUACAACAUCCUGCAGGACGUCGUCACCCUCCCGCCACCAGAGGGCGCCACCGACGACGAGACCCUGUUCUACGGCAUCUUCGGCUCGCAGUGGCCCGGGGGGAACUCAGGAAAGUCGGCCGUGUGCGCGUUCCAGCUCAGAGACGUGAAGAAGGUGUUCUCCGGGAACUACAAGGUGCUGAACCGGGACACGUUACGCUGGAGCACCCGGCUACAGGAGAAGGAAGCCAACCCAGGAGAGUGCGGGCUGCACAACGCGUCAGACAGCACCCUGAGGUUCGUGAAGGAGAACUUCCUGGCGGACCUCGGCGUGCCCCCCCACGGGAAGGCCCCGGCCCUGGUGUCAGCUGACCAUCGCUACCGCAGGAUCGCGGUCCAGACGACCCGCGGAGCCGACGGCAGGGACUACACCGUGCUCUUCCUGCUCACCGAGUCCGGCUUCCUGCAGAAAGUGGUGCUGCUGGACCAGGGACCGCACAUCAUCGAGGAGGUGCAGGUCUUCCAGCAGCCUCAGGCCGUCAGUAACCUCCUGCUCUCCGUCUCUAAGGGCGUGGUCUUCGUGGGCACCUCCCACGGGGUGGUCCGGGUGCCCGUGUCCAACUGCUCGUACUACUGGAGCUGUGCGGAGUGUGUGCUGUCCCGGGACCCCUUCUGUGCCUGGGACCCCCACAGACAGGCCUGCGCUGAGGUCUCCAGCAUCCCAGCCGACGCAAGCCAAGAUGUGGCAGGGGUAAACGUGGCAGGGAUGUGCAGUGAGGCCACCAUAACCCCCAGAGCCAGAUCUGGCCAACCCAGGACCCCCACAGAGGAGGAGGUGCUGGUGUCCCUGAACGAGGUGGUGACACUGCGCUGCCCCGGGACCUCCAGGCUGGCCUCCCUGCUCUGGGAUGGCCCCAGCGGGCCCCUGGCCCCGGAGCUGUACCUCCAGCGAGACGACGGGCGGCUGAGCUUCCUGGCCUCGGCCCUCACGCUGGGGCCCCACCGGUGCUACUCGCUGGAGAGCGGCCACCAGCAGGCCCUGGCGCUGUACGCCGUGACGCAGAGAGACGCGCCAGCAGGGGGCCCCGCCCAAACCCCCACGCCGGGCGCGGCCCCCACCAGGGGCGUCACCCCCUCGGCCCCCGCGCGGCAGCCAGGAGGAGGGCCCGCGGCCGAGACCACGUCCGAGGCCCCGUCCCACACCGCCGCUCCCGAACCCACGACGGGUUCCAGGGCCCCCGUUCCCGCGGCGACCCGGAACCCGAGCGCGGCCGAGCGGCCCGGGCCCGCCCCCGACCCGCCGCAGGGGCGGAGCUACUACGAGGAGCUGGUGGCGGUGUCGGUGCUGCUGGCGCUGGCGCUGUGCGCCCUGACCGCCGGGGCGCUCUGCUGGCUGCGCCAGCGCUGCAGGCGCAAGGCCGCCCCCCAGGUGUACCCCCGCCGGGCCUCGGAGGCAGACGUGCCCCAGGAGCACGACCCCCUCGCCCCCGACGCCCCCAAACUGCAGCAGAGCAAGCCUCCGCUCGCCCUGGAGAACGGCUCGCUAACGGGCUCCAACGGACACCUGCCCAACACCCCCAUCUAGGGCCUGAGGCCCGACGCAAACCCCGCCCGCUCUGUGCUCACCGUUUAUAAGUGAAGUUCCUGACCUCAUCUUCGUCCAACUUCCUGUACCCUGAGCCAGAGAAACCGGAGUGAUGACUCACGAGUCCGCGUACUGUCCCUUUAAACCUGAUGUAAACGAGGACGCUUGUUGUUUGUAUCGCAUUGUAAAACCCAAACGGGACUGAAGUAUCAGAUGGAACACGUCUAUGCCCGUGGACUCCACUGGGGGGCGAUAGAGUGUAACUUGUGAGUGCGCGUGAACGUGUGCGUGAAUGUGUGUGUUUGUGAACGCGUGUGUGUGUGUGUGAUGCGAUUCUGGACUGCUUUUGUACAUUUUACAUUUUCCAGAAAGAAAAGAGCCAAUAUGCCGAUCUGUAGAAUGUAUGUGGGAGACUCUGACUCUGGGGUGUAAGUCACAUUCUCAAUGCUUCACAGUUUCAGUCCUUUCAGAACUUUCUAGAAACACGGUAGUGCACUGGGGGAAGCCACAAGACACCGAGACCUGUAUGGUACUAGAGGAAGAUCCCUGAAGUUAAUGAAUCACUAUGAAAUGGUCACAACAGGAACCUGAAGCCAAAAGGAGGCCAUUUUGAAUCGGAGCUCAGGGGGGAGACUCUUAUAAUGACAGUUGUGCGUAACACAAGAUGGAGGCUGUGAUAUUUUGCUGUGUUGAUUAGAUUCAUCAGUUAUAGUUAUAGUUAUUUAUCAGAAGUGUAGCUACUCCUUGCUACCAAAUGAAACCUCGCUAACUAGAUCUUAACCGCCUCUGUAUAAUUUUAGGUAGUCAGCAUGGACUUCAGCUGAUUAUAGACAUUCAAUGAACUUGUGCGACUUCAUGAGAAUAUGACAAUAUGCGAGAAAAGCACAUAAUUUUAUAUUUUUCAAUUGUUACAAUUUUGUAGGAAGUGAGUUUUUCGUGAUGGAUUCAGACGCAUUGCACCUAUGAGAUUUAAAGUGAAGCGUUAAAUGAAAUGUCGCCCUACAGUGUAAAGUAACUGCUCUCUGUAUAUUUAAGGUAACUAACUCAAGUUGUUAAUGGGUACGGCCUUAACAAAAUAUUCCAUUAACUCCAUCAACCCCACGAACCCCCCAUCAGAAUGGACCAAAUCUAAGGACCGUCAACAAGCUAGAGAUGAUACAAGUGUCAUCAAAACUGAAGUAAUUUUGAUGAUGUCAGUAUAUGAAUACAGUAGCUGCCUGACUUUGGGAACGUAUGCAUGGUGACCUAUGGGCAGUUUUGGUGGAAGUAUCUAAAAUAAACCCGAGCUUUGUGAAUAUAGGUGAGCCCCUGGCUCCAGCAGCAAUGCAGUGGGAGUGAUAUUUAUAUCCCAUCAUGCCCUUAUACACAUUCUUAAACGAGCGGUCAGUCAGCGGGAUAGAAGAAGAAGAAAAAGAAGAAGAAGAAGGAGGAGAAGGUGUACUUCAUUGAACCCCAUGGGGGUGAUGUGUCCUCUGCAUUUGACCCAUCCUAGUUACUGAGGAGGCAGUGGGCAGCCACAGUGCAGUGCAAUGUGGGGUUAAGGGCCUUGCUCAAGGGCCCAACAGCUGUGCUUAUCGUGGCUACACUGGGGCUUGAACCACCAAGUAGGCAAUGGGUUCCAGUCAAUUACCUUAGCCACUACGCUGCAGGCUGUACAGUUUGGUGGACACAAAGUCAAUUAUAAUUACUUUGACUUCUACUUCCUGGGUUUACAAGAUUUCAUCUCUAGCAUCUUUUGUGCUGCUUCCUCAUCCUUGAAUCAACACAUCUUCCUCUAACUUUCAGUGCUGCAGUCUUUUAUUCAUUUAUCGGUAAUGUUUUAAUUCCUGUAGAACAAGCAGACCUCUUAACUAAUGUUGUGCAGAAAUGAAUCUAGUUUCUGGUUAUAAAAUGUAUUCUUUCAACCUUGACUGGAUCUGAACAUGCAUAUCGGAAAAAUCACUCAACUUUUGAGAUUGCCAAAUUUGUAUUUUUGUUUUUUACAUGUGUAGAUUAAGAAAUGUUUUGCUUGGUGGCAAUAGAAGCACAGAAAUAUUGAGAAGUAAUAUCUGUAAGCAAUUCUGAUCAAUAACAGGUUAAAAAAAGUGUUUUUUCCUUCAACUUUAAAAUUAUGGUACUUUUUUUCUCUGUUGGAAUUUAUCCUGUGUAACAGCUUUUUUAUUGAGAAACUUGUUUCAUCUUUAUUUUUAUACAGAGUUUACCUGGCUGUUGCAGAGUUUGGCAAAUAAAUAUAUCAUGUUCAAACAGGGGAAAA